AUGUCACUUUAAGCUGUAAGUGUGUUGAAAAACAAGUAAAAUAUUAUUUGCUGUCAUCAUAGCAAAGAUAAAAUAAAUCAGUUAUUAAAGAUUGGUUAUUAAAACUGUUAUGUUUAGAAAUGUGUUGAAAAAAAUCUCUCCAUUAAACAGAAAUUGAGGAAAAAAUAAACGGGAGCUAAUAAUUCUGACUUCGGUUGUAUUUAUAUGGUGUGUGUGUGUGUGUGUGUGUGUGUGUGUGUGUGUUGCAUUAUGGCUGCAUUUAUAAUGAGCACAGCUGUUGACUGGCACAUGGUGCUGAGGAAGGAUUUACUUCUGAACUUUUUGUCUGUUGCACAAUAGAUACAACUACUUUAAAAUCUGAAAUUGGAGAGUUAUGAAGCAAUCCAAAUAUUGAGAAAAUCACCUUUAAAUUUUGUAUAUACUGAUGGCUUACAACUGAAAAUGUAUUGUCUUUUGCACCCUUGCACGUGUAUAUUUUGGUGAACCUCUGACAAAUAAACAUAAUCUGAUAAAUAUUAAUUACCCGUACCAAAUCCAAAAUCUUGACAUUCUGGAUUAUGUAAUGUAAAAACUCUAGAUGUUUUUGAACAGUUCAUUAAAGCUUGAUAGACAAGUUUAAAUCAUGUUGUAAAAUAUUGAACUGAACUGGUCCUUUCUCUCUUUUACUAACUUUGAAAGAGUGAUCUAUGCUCUUGUAUUUGCCAGAGCCACUCCAAACCUUUAGAGUAAUCUACCUGUGGAAAUCAGAACUGCUCUAACACAGUCCAUUUUAAAUUUAGAUGAAAAUCAUUUUUAUUUUAUAUGGCUAUUUUCUAUUGAUGGUUAUUUAUUUAGUACAGCACAUUGGUUAGUGAUAGUUGUGUUUAGCUGUGCUCUGUAAAUAAAUUGAAAUUUCAGUUUAAAAUAGGUCUCCAAUAGGCCUUCAGUUCCCUACAGAUUAUUUCUUGAUGUUAAAACUCAGUUGUGAGUUUAAUAUAGUAAUAGAUGGAUUUACAUAUUUACAACGUGACUGUCAAAAACUGUAAGAAUACAAACUUUUUCUACUGAGCAUGUUUAACCUUUUAGUCCACUUUAUGGACAACCUGCAACACAUAUACAUUUUUUCGUGGUUAUCACAAAGCUCUCCAUGAUAAUGUCGUCAUGAGAUUGCUUAAAUAAGACUUGUCAGCAUUCCUCAAGUCAACUUUGUUUCUCAAAAGUUGUGAACUGUCAGGUACUGAGCUCUAUGGCUCAGCGGAUCCUCCUCUUGCACAGGUGAAGGUGGUGCUAUACAGUCUGUAUCCUAUCAGUGACUAAGCGAUAUCUUUGGAGAUGUUUGGCUCUACAGAGGGCUGUUCGGGCAGCCAUGACAGGCCCCAUGACCCCCUUGGUAAAACAACGGGUUCAUUCUUUGCUCCGCUGCUGACCUCAUUGUCUCUUUGUGAAGUGAAAAUCCAGCACUGCAUUCAGCUCAAUGGUCUGACAGCUGCUGGUGUGGAGCAUCUCUGCUGUGAUGGAGGUGAGUGGAUGAGAGAGUCCAGCAGCUGCUCUUAGGAAAUCCCGGAUUUAAACAACAACAGCAUGAGUCUCAGUAGAGAUGCAGUGGCAGUGAUUGAGAACCCUGUAGUGGUCAGACAGUCUUUUCACCCAGGGAGUCUGCAGGUGGACAUGCUCGAGACUGACCAGAAUAACCACAGGUGCCUCAGAGAGCUGCAGUUUCUCCAUCCUGUGUCUGGCAAAGUGUCAUCUCGUAAACUGGUGAGAGUGUUUGCAGCUCUGUGUGUGCUGUGUCUGCUGGGAGGUGUCGUGGUUGGACUUUGGUUCAUAGUGAAAUUUCUCUUAAAGCCAAACUUAUCUCAGAGCCCUGCGAGCCUGGGGGACACUAAGGACACGUCCUUCUGCAAUGUGACCGAGGACAUCUCUGUGACAGAUCCCAGGAAAGUGUUUUACAGGAUCAGUGCUGAGAACUCACUUCUGGAGAUUCAGCUGGAGAAGCUGCAGACGUGGCUGCCUGUCUGUUUCGAGAGAUGGAACUCGUCUCUGGGAACACUCGUAUGUCGACAGCUGGGCUAUCUGAGAUUAUCAAAGCACAAGGGAGUGAAUCUGACUGAUAUUGGGCCGAAUUAUACAGAUGGAUUUGUCCAAAUCACCUCAGAAUACCAAAGCAAUUUGGAGAACUUAUGGCGCUUCAGGGGAAGCUGUAGUACAGGCAAGGUUAUAGCACUAAAAUGUUUUGAGUGCGGCACCAGAGCAAAGUUACCCAGGAUCAUUGGAGGAGUGGAAGCUGCUCUGGGCCGGUGGCCAUGGCAAGUGAGUCUCUACUACAAUAACCGUCACAUCUGUGGAGGAUCCAUCAUCACCAAUCAGUGGAUAGUUACAGCUGCUCAUUGUGUGCACAAUUACAGGCUACCUCAGGUGCCCAGCUGGGUGGUUUAUGCAGGGAUCGUAACCAGCAAUUUAGCCAAACUUGCUCAAUACCAAGGCUUUGCUGUGGAGAGGAUCAUCUACAACAAGAAUUACAACCACAGGACACACGACAAUGAUAUCGCUUUGGUGAAAUUAAAAACUCCACUGAAUUUUUCAGACACCAUCAGACCUGUAUGUCUACCGCAGUAUGACCACGAUCUACCAGGAGGAACCCAGUGCUGGAUCUCUGGUUGGGGUUAUACACAACCGGAUGAUGUUCAUAUACCAGAAGUUCUCAAAGAGGCACCCGUACCUUUAAUAAGCACAAAGAAAUGCAAUAGCUCCUGCAUGUACAAUGGAGAGAUCACCUCUCGAAUGCUCUGCGCAGGAUACACUGAAGGAAAAGUAGACGCAUGUCAGGGGGACAGUGGUGGUCCUCUGGUUUGCCAGGAUGAAAAUGUCUGGAGGCUGGUUGGAGUUGUAAGCUGGGGAACAGGCUGUGCUGAGCCAAACCAUCCAGGAGUUUAUACCAAAGUGGCUGAGUUUUUAGGGUGGAUAUAUGACAUUAUAGAGAGCUACUAAAGGUUGACGUUUGAAAGUAGAAGAGAAGAGAAGAACGUCCUGACCCUUUUUAUAAAAUAAUGUUGCCUUUUAUAUUAUUUAUUAUAUUUUAUUACGCAAAGCCUCUGUAUUUACAACAAUGUAAAGAUUGUUUGUUAUUAUUUGUUUACUAUAUGUUGUGCUACUCAAGAUAAUUGUGCUUUUAAAAUAAAUGUUUGACAUUUACAAAAGA